AUGUCCGCGCGCAAUAGUCAUGACUACGCCGGGGUAGGUGUCUCCCUAGCGGUCUCACGCGACCCAGCAGAUGCUGACGGUGUCUCUGAACAGGAGUCCUUUGACGACGCCCCAGAAUCGAUCGAGAACAAUGACACCAACGUGGCCGCCCAGCCCUCGUCGACGCGAUCGUUGACCGAUAGCCCCCCUGUCGGCAGCAUAUCGUCGCCGGAUACUACUGAGAAGCCUCCUUUCCCUUCCGAAUCGCAGGACGAGGGUAGCGGGGAAGAGAAGAAGGUCGAUGGUGCGGACGAGGAUACAGGUAACGGCGAGAAACAGGCAGAGGAGGCGACGGCAGAUGAGAAAGCCGGUGUCGGGAAAGACAACGACAAGACGGACGAUGAGCUACACAAAGCCGAUAAUCCAGAGACAAAGGAGACUGAGCAGCUUGGCCAGGACACGGCCGAGAAAUCGCCCGUCCACACCCCUCGUCAUUCGCUCAACGAGGUCAACCUGAAUGGCGCGGUAGACCCUACGGACGCGGAGGAGACCCCUCGCAGACGUACGUCCCAGAAAUCGCCUUUGUUGACUUCCCAUCGCCUCUCCAGCACAUCCUCGCUCGACGAGGUGAAUCUGGCAAACGAAGCGGCCAACGCCAAAGAUGACGUCUCGCCACCCGUGCCCCCCAAGGAUGCAAGCUCCACGGCUCCCUCCGGCUUCAAGGCGCUGUCGAACAACCUUCCGUCAUUGCCAUGGGGUAGUGCAGCCCCAGCCAACAAGAGUUCACCCACUUCAGCUGCACCACCGCAACCGACUCGGAAGCUCAGCAGUGGCCCCUUUGCAUGGUUCUCUCGAAACUCAACAGGGAGCAAGGACAUUAAAUCUCCGCCCCAGAAUGCCUUCAGUCGGAGAAACACUGCCGCCUCGGUGUCGACUAUCGCCAGCAACGUGGACUCGAUCGCUCGACACGACGGUGAAGAUGGGGAUACCUCUAGUCUGAGCUCCAAGAAGACUCGGCGUAACAGCCUGAAGGACCAGUUCAAGCUUCUGCGGAUGCGGGAGGAAGGGAUUGUUGCACAGGAUGAAGAGGGUGGGCUAUCAGCUCGUGCCAGCGUCAGCCAGCCUGGAGCUAGCCCUCAAAUCAUCCCGGAAGAAGGUGAGGAUGGCAUAUUGGCUACAUCAGUGGCACCAGUCUCAGGAGCGACGUCUCCAGGCAAGGCGCCCUCGAUUGUCAACCCCGAUCUGGCCCCAGGUACGGUCUCUGGAGUCUCUGCCUCGGCGACCGAUGCGUCGAUGCCUGUGGACUGGGACUUGUGGCAGCAGCUGGUCAAUGACGGACCGCAGGCCCUGGCAGGUUCAGAGGAACUGAACAAGGCCAUCAAACGGGGUAUUCCGCAGACCGUUCGUGGCGUGAUCUGGCAGAUUCUGGCAGACUCUCAGCAGGUUGACGGGAUGGAGGAAAUCUACCGGGAGCUCGUGGCUCGCGGGACGAACCCAGAGAAAGAUCGUCGGACGCCCCCCAAUCAGUUGAACGGGUCAGCCGAGAAGGAGUCUACCUCGUCCUCGCGCUCGUCCAUUCGCUCUGAACAUUCGGGAUCCGGGACGCAGUCGACCAGCGUGACUCCUAGCGCUACUCCUAGUGCUCCGCCGAGUGUCACGCCCAGCGUUACCCCCAGCCCUUCCUUGGAAGUGGACCCAGAGAAGUUGGCCAAGGAGCAGGCUGCCAGUGAGAAUGCCCGCAUCAAGAAAGCAAAGAGUGAGGCGGCUGCUCUCCAGAAGCUGGAGAAAGCCAUCCGACGUGACCUGGGUGCGCGUACCAGCUACUCCAGAUACUUUGUCUCACAAGGGAACCAGGAAAGUUUGUUUGGAUUGUGCAAGGCAUACGCCUUGUACGAUGAGGGAGUUGGUUAUGCCCAGGGCAUGAAUUUUAUUGUUAUGCCUCUUUUGUUUAACAUGGACGAGGUUGAAGCCUUCGCUCUGCUUGUGAAGCUGAUGAACAAUUACGGACUGCGGGAAAUGUUCAUCCAAGACAUGCCCGGUCUGCAUCGCAGCUUAUAUCAGUUUGAGCGCCUUUUGGAAGAUUUGGAGCCUACGUUGUACUGCCACCUGCGGCGCCGCGGUGUUCACCCACAACUAUACGCGACACAGUGGUUCCUGACGCUAUUCGCCUACCGCUUCCCAUUGCAGCUGGUCCUUCGCAUUUAUGAUCUGAUCUUCGAAGAAGGUCUAGAGACCACGAUCAUCAAGUUCGGCGUGGCGAUCAUGCGCCGGAACGCGCAGCAACUUCUGAUCAUGAAAGACAUGGGCCCGCUCACCACUUUCCUCAAGGAGCGCUUGUUCGACGCAUACAUUGACAAGCAGCCCUCCCCGUCGUCGAUCUUGGAGUCCGGCUUCUUCGGCAGCUCGGGUGCUGCCGACAAGGAAGUUUACCGGUCCGACCUUCUCGUGCAAGAUGCAUGCGCAAUCCCACUCACGCCAGAAAUGAUGGCCGCCUACUCCGCCGAGUGGGAGGAGAAAGUGCGUACCGAGAAAGAACACGAGGCUGAGCUGGAGACCCUGCGACAUACCGUGAGCACCCAGGGAGCUCGGGUCCGUCUUCUGGAAGAGCGCGCCGAGGCUUCUGACAAGGAGCAUGUGCAGCUGGCAUCGGAAUUGGUACGCCUCAAGGUUGAAAACGAGGAAUUGCGCGAUCUCGACGAGGCGUUGAAAGUGCAGGUUUCUGAGCUGAAGAGCGUGGUGGACAAGCAGCCGGCCGAGGUGGAGGAGAAGCUGCGCACGGAGAUGGACCGGAUCAUGAAGCGGAACAUCGAGGUGCAGAAUGAGAAUCGCGCGAUGGAGGAGCAGAUGUCCGAGAUGGAGAAGGAGUUGGUGGCUACGAAGAUGAAGUGGGCGGAGUUGUGCGAGAACCACGACAAUCUCAAACAGAAGUGGAAUGACCUGCGCCGGGCUCUCGACUAA